AUGACUUAUUACCCCAUCCGCCGUUACACAACGCAAGCCUCACCACUCACUAGGCCUCAUCUUAACCACCCAAAGCCUCAGCUGCUUCCUCGACGCCGUCAGAGGACUGAAAAACAGCACCACACUCUGCGGGGCCUGAUCAAGAUUUUAAGUGGGUCGAUGACCGUGAACAAAGUCAGCACUCGGCCUACAGCACACCCGGGCGGAGGCAGGGGUGCGCCGGGCGACCCCUGCACGCGGGCGGCGGCCGGCGCCCGGGUUACCUGCGGGGUCAGCGCGCGCUCCCGCCGGGCGCGGGACCGGGGGCGCGCCGAGGCGGCGGAGCAGGCCGGGCCCGACUCGCGGGCGCUCGGCCGGCGCCGGGGGGCUCCGUCCCGUUUGGCCGCCGCACUCGCAUCCCUGCGCGCCUCCCCGGCCCGCUCCCCCAAGAGAACAGGGCAAAGGGGCGACUAUUACCCAGUAAUAGCGCCCCGCACAGUCGCAACAAUGCGGGCGAGGAACCCGGGAGCCGCGGGCAGGGAACCGGAAAGCAGAGAGCCCGGCUCCGCGGCUCCUUCAGCGCGCGAGCCCAGUACUUUACUUGAGAGAACGAGUCCGGGGCAAGCGACGCUCGGGGUAGAAGUGAUCCCGAGGGGGCGGGGGAGAGAGGGCACGGGUCCGGGCGCCCCGCGGGGGUCGCCGCCCGAGGAGAGGCGAGGUUCGCACGCCCGGCCACCCGGGGCCGCCCGCCGACCCGGCUCCGCGGCCCGACCGCCAUUCCGCCCAGCCGCGGCUCGGCGGCUCAGGCCUCGCCCGGCGCCUGGGCUCGGCCGCCGCGGCCCCAGUCACUGCGACACCGCGGCUCCGGGCCGGGCCUGCGCCGCCGACUCUCCUCGGCCCCGGCGCCGUCGACACUCACCCGCAUUUCCCGGGUGCCUAAAUGGCUCCGGCGACGUCUCCACCUGGUCGCUGGGCCCUGCCCCGGUUAAAUCCCCGUCCCGCCAAGGUCUCGCCGCGUCCCUCAGCCGCCGGGGCUGCCCCGCCUGGAGCUGCGUGCGACACGGCUCCCGCCUCCUCCUCCUCCCUGCCCGCCCGCCGGCCCUCCUCCCGCCGCCGCCGCCGCCGCCGCCUGCACCACGCAACCUCCGCCCUCUAGCCUUUCCUCCGCCGCUCCCCGCCCUCCCCGCCUCACCGGCUACGGCUCCCGUGGGGAAGAAGCUGGUGGGGGAGGGCCGGAACGCACCGCCAUCGGCGUCCGGGGCGGGGGAACCGGGAAACCGUCGCCGCCAUCUCCCCACCAGCCCGCGGCGCGGGAGGGGCCCGGAAACCUCCCGCCCGCCGGCGGCCCCGUCCCCCGGCCCCCCAGCGCCACCGAGGACCCGCUCGCGGGGCUGUUCUCUACCUGAAAGCCCGCGGCCCCUGGCUCCGAACCCCGGCGCCCUCCCCGACCGGGCGCAGCGGAUCCUCCUCCAGCCGCCGGGGCUGCCCCGCCUGGAGCUGCGUGCGACACGGCUCCCGCCUCCUCCUCCUCCCUGCCCGCCCGCCGGCCCUCCUCCCGCCGCCGCCGCCGCCGCCGCCUGCACCACGCAACCUCCGCCCUCUAGCCUUUCCUCCGCCGCUCCCCGCCCUCCCCGCCUCACCGGCUACGGCUCCCGUGGGGAAGAAGCUGGUGGGGGAGGGCCGGAACGCACCGCCAUCGGCGUCCGGGGCGGGGGAACCGGGAAACCGUCGCCGCCAUCUCCCCACCAGCCCGCGGCGCGGGAGGGGCCCGGAAACCUCCCGCCCGCCGGCGGCCCCGUCCCCCGGCCCCCCAGCGCCACCGAGGACCCGCUCGCGGGGCUGUUCUCUACCUGA